AUGUCCCAGGGACACCCACCGCCGCCAAACGGCUACGCAGCCUUCCAGAACAUGAACCUACACUUCCUCCCUGAUGCCUCCGCCUCUCAGCACCCCGUCAUCAUGUCCUCCGCCCCUGUCGGCCCUGAGGACCCCGGCGCCUUUGACAGCGACGAGGCCAUGCGCUUCGCCGACGCCCAAUUGUUUGGCGAGUUCACCUCGGACCUGGGAAUGGGUGCCUUUGGCUCUGCCGACCCGUCCCUUGGCGACGCUUUCAACCCUGACUUUGCUCUCGAGUCCAUGAUGGGCAAUGGCCACGCCAACCCCGUCAACCCGCCUGCCGCCGCCGGUACCGGACCCGAGAAUAUGCCCAGAGAAGACCCGACCCCGGUCGACGGUCCUCCCCAGCCCAUGCAACUCACCAACCCCGGCACGAGCACCCUCAACGAGUUUACCAAGCGCCGAAACUGGCCCGCCAAGAUUGUCGAGGAGUUGCGCGACUGGCUGCAGAUCCUCGAUGCCAACGGUCGCCUCAAGUUCGUCUCCCGCAGCGUCGCCGACCUUGCCGGCUACGCCGAAGAUGACUUGCGCGACGUCUUCCUCAAGGACAUGAUACACCCCGACGACCAGGGCGUCUUUGUCUCCGAACUCAACGAAUCCAUCGCCUCCGGCAACCCGCUGCGCAUCUUCUAUCGCUUCAAGAAGAAGGACGGCCGGUACACCAUCUUCGAGGCCGUUGGCCACGCCCACAUCGCCGCCGCAAAGUUUGCGCCUAACCCCAGCAACCAGUCGCCGUUUUGCCAGGCCGUUUUCAUGGUCGCGCGCCCGUACCCCACCCGAAACGCCGCCCUCCUCGACUCCUUCCUCGAACACAAGAUUGAAAACGAGCGCCUCAAGCGCCGGAUCGCCGAGCUGCAGCGCGAGGAGCAGGCGGACGCCGACGAGUCUCGUCAGCAGCUCUCGCAGACCAUGAGCCAGUCCGCGCCGGGCUCCAACAUGGCCCCCUCCGAGUUUACCGGCCCGUCCUCCACGCCGCUGCACCUACCCGGAAACGGCGACACACCCAUGUCGGGCACGUCCGACGGCCACGCCAUUUUCAACGGCGCACUCACGAGAGAAAAUCUGGAGGGGGCAUCCGUCGCCGGUCGGCGGGACUCUUUGCGUGAUAAGAUGGCGCGCUACGAGGGAGCCUCCCACAUCGAGACGAUCGAGAUGCUCACCGGCUUGCGCUACGUAGAAGGUGAGCGCAGCCACGGCAUCACGACAGGAAACACCAGCCCCGCGCUGAUCAAGGGCGAUGCCGGCAUCGCGAUCCCCAAGGAUCGCGACGGCCGACUCGGCGAGAAGAAGAAGAAGCUCAAGGUGUCGGAGGAAUACGUCUGCACCGACUGUGGCACGCUCGACUCUCCCGAAUGGCGCAAGGGACCCAGCGGGCCCAAGACGCUCUGCAACGCCUGCGGCCUUCGCUGGGCGAAGAAGGAGAAGAAGCGCAGCAGAAUGCACGGCGGCUCCCAAGCAGCGCUCUCGACAGACUUGGGCCCUCCAAGCUGA